GAGACCGGAUGUUGUUGGUGAUACCGCGUCACUUGACGAGCCCAUGACGACAGAGAGUCACCAGCUGUGUGUGUUUGACAGAUGUUGGUUGAGGAUCAGCCGCCUCAUUCAAAGCGGAGUACCGGAGCAGGCAGAGUGUUUGGGCUGUUGUCGGGAUUACUAACCGGAGCAGAGGAGCAGAGGACUACAACAUGUCGGGAGAAAAGGGGACGAGUCCCUGCAACAAAUUCCAAGCCAACAUCUUUAAUAAAAGCAAAUGUCAAAACUGCUUCAAGUCCCGAGAGCUGCAUCUGUUGACCGACCAUGACAUGGAGCAGGCAAAACCCAUCUAUGGAGGCUGGCUGUGUUUGGCUCCUGUGGGGACAGAUUUUGACAACCCGAUGCAGAGGUCAAGGAAAUGGCAGCGUCGCUUUUUUAUCCUGUAUGAAGACGGCAGCCUGAGCUUCGCCCUGGAUGAACUGCCGAGCACGUUGCCACAGGGGACGGUGAACAUGAAUCUGUGUACAGACAUCACCGAUGCAGAGCCCAGGACGGGCCAGAGAAACGCACUCUGCAUCGUCACGCCAGAGCAGGAAAUAUUCAUCCGUGGCGACAAUAAAGAGAUCAUUAAUGGGUGGAGUGAACAGCUCGCCGUCUAUCUACGGACUAACAAGCAGAAUCAGAAGAAGAAACGCAAAGUGGAACCUGUUGCCACCCAGGAACCCAGUCCAGCAAAGAUGGCUGCAACUGAUCCAAGUUUUCCGUCCUCUCAGAACGCUCCAGAGUCCGGCUGUGGUUGGUGGCAGGAAGACCAGCAGCAGGUCAGGGGACCGGGUGAAACCGCUAUGUGGACUGUCCCAGACUCAGUCCCCCCGGGCCCGGAGAAGACCCCUGCAGGCAACACAUCCAGCUACCUGUGCCCGGUCUCCUUGGACUUGGUGACCAGUGGAAACAUCGACCGCGACAGUAACAUCCAGCUGGCCGAGUCAAACAACAACCAAACAUCAGCAGACAACAAGAACCACAGCCACGACAAAAGCCAAGGCAGUCCAACAGAGAGGCUGCUGGGAUUGGAGGCCCCUGAGAAAGAGCAGGAAGAAGGAACAGCUGUUUCCAGAACGGGCAGGAGUGAAGCUCGCACCAACAAGCGAGAGAAGCUCCAGUCAUGUGGGGACAGCACCCAGCUCACCGCACCGCCACCCCAGAGAAGAGCCAAGUCUCUGGACCGCAGGACGUCCGACACCGUCAUGACGCCAGAUUUAUUAAACUUCAAAAAAGGCUGGAUGGUCAAAUUGGAUGAAACUGAGCAGUGGAAGAAAUAUUGGUUUGUGCUGUCGACUGACAGUCUGAGGUACUACAAGGACUCAAUAGCUGAGGAGGCUUCAGAUCUUGAAGGAGAAAUCGACCUGACAAAGUGUUAUAAUGUGUCCGAGUAUCAAGUGCAGAGGAACUACGGCUUUCAGAUUCACACCCCAAAGGGUGUCUACACGUUGUCGGCUAUGACGUCAGGGAUACGCAAGAACUGGAUCCAGGCUCUGAUGAAAAACGUACGCCCAGCUAACGCCCCUGAUGUGGCCAGUUUACCUGGCCAUCACGUUCCCUUCAGCCAACCCGAGGCCCUCCCUAAACCAGAUGUGACUCAGGACUCUGCUGACGUCGCCGCAGAGAGAGACCCUCACCCCAAACACAGGAGUGUGAUGGAGAGACGGCGGGAGGGACGCUACAAAACCUUCGACUGGGCCGAGUUCAGGCCUCAGAACAAAUGGACUCUGGAUCUUCAGAAAAGCAAAGCUCUGUGCUCGCUGGAGUUAGGAGACCUGGAGAGGAGGAAGAGGAGGGAGGAGAGGAGGAGGAGGUAUGAGAGCAUGCUGGGCUUCCCUCUGGGUUGGGAGGUGAUUGGAGAUAAAACAGUAGAUGGCAGCGUCAGAGCACUGAGUCCAAAAUCACAGCAGAAAGUGGAUGAAGAGAUCGAAGACUACUGGAAGCAGGUGGAGAAGACGCUGUUCAGACUGGAGAGAAGCGUCCCGCUGUUUCCUGAAGCCAAAGAGUCUGUGGAGGUGGAGAAGCUGCUGGACGACUACAAGACGGGGGUGGAGGAUCUGAAGGCUCAGCUGGUCGAGUCGGAGCAUCACAGACUGGAGCUGGAGGCUCAGCUGAGUACAUCGGGAUUUUAUCAGCAGCAGCUGGACCCUCCAAUAACUUCUGCGGCAGAUAUUUGCCCAUCAGACACAAAUGAAGAGCCAUUAACCAGCAGUGCACAGAUCCUGAAGGAUGUGUGCAAAGAGAUCUUACAACAGCAGAACAUUAUGAGCAUGCAGGAGCAGCUCAGCUUUGAACCGCCUUCAUUAACCCCUCAGAUGCCCAGCAUCUGGCUGCAUGACACAGAGGGCAACUACCAAGACCUGGAGGAUUUGCUUUCUGAGACAGAAGGCACACCUUUAUUAUUAUCACCUGCAUCAGAGAGUGACGGACAAACUGUAGAUUUAAACGUCGCAACAAUCAACCACCAGAAUCACCUGGAAAGAGACGACUGUGAGCAGAUUCCCAGCGCAGAAACACAAAUAAAUAACAGUGAAUUAAUAAUUCUGAAGACGCCUGUAGAGGGAGAUGACGACUCUCUGAGCUGCUGUGUGGAGCAACACAUACCUCCAGACCAGGCGAUGGUGAAGAGGCUUUCCCAAGAGGUGGAGCUGCUCACCAGCCAGAACGAGGCUCUCAACCAGCGCAACCAGGAGAUGCUUAACCAGCUGACGGAGGCAGACCGCGAGAUAGAGAGGCUGAAAGCGGAGCUCAGCAGCAGGUACACUGAACCCCAUCACCUCCCUGAAGUGGAACAGCUGGGACAAACACAGGUGGAGGAUCUGGAGAGGGAGCUGAGCUCCAGAGACCAGCAGCUCCUGGAGGCCCAGACCUUGAUCACCUCCCUGGAGGAGAAUCUGAGGGAGAUGGAGGCGCUGCUGCAGCUGAACGUCCCAACAGAAACAGAAGAAACAGGACAGGAGAAUAAGGGAUACCUGCUGCGAUGUUUCGAGGCCACCGAGGCCAAGCUGACGGAGCUGGAGAGGCAGCUCGACCAAUCAGAGCUGACCUGCAGGGAGCUCCAGACGCAGAACGCAGAGCUGAAGGAAGCUGAGAAACGUUACCGUCAAGCAGCUGCAGAGGCGGAGGCUGACAUCGGGAGGCUAAGGUUGAAAGAUGGAGAGAGCAACGGAUGUGUUUCUGGUGAAGAAAGGAUCCGGCAAGUGAUAGACGGGAUGGUCAUGAGGUUGAAGGCUUUGGAGAAAUUACUGGAGGUGAUUGAGGAGUUGGAUUUUGGUUUGAGGAAGGUAGAAGAGCCUACAGUGGAGAGUCAGUUAAAGUGGGAGGAAGAGUUUUGGAGUUUGCUUCUUGACAAACUAAAGGUCAAUCCCUCCGAGCUCAAUGAGGAGAAACCUGUAGAAGAGCUGCUUAGUGAGGUGACAGAACGUAUGAUGGUGGAGAAACGAAUGUUGCUUUUAGGGCAGCGUCUACUUUCUGAAACAUGCACAGAUGAAGGGAGGGAAGGUUUGAAAGAUCUGGAUAUUAUUUGGAAUAAUGCAAGUGAGACAGAAACCAAAAAGACAGAUGAGAGCAGGAUAUUUGAUUGUAGCAACCAGCUGUAUGAGAUGGAACAUUUUAGAGGCGUCACACAGAUGAAAAUAUCUGUUCUAAUCCACCUCGCCUCGUCUGUCGACACCUCAGCUCACGAAAAAAAACUGCAGCUGAUGGCUGACUUUCACUUUUCUGAGCAUCCCUGGUCUGGUUUCCUUCACUCUGCAGCAACUGAAGCGUUACACUGCUGUCAGUUAAGCAGGCUUCAGUCAAAAUACGAGCGGCAACUUGAGGAAACCAAACAGACUUCUUCUCUCAUCUGCAGCAACUGUGUCGAUUUGAUGGAAGAAAACAGGGAGCUGAGAGCAAGAUUGUCAGACAAAGGAGAACAACAGUCAUUGAUGUUGGGCGAUAAGAUGGACAGGUGUUGCCAGACAGAAGAGACUUACCCACAGGACACAGAUACUGAGUUACAGGUAGCAGAUGAAAGUAGUGCAGGUGAAAUUGAGGAAAAAGAGGAGUUGUUUGAGUGCCUGGAAAUCCCACUUCCAUGUGUUGAAGGUCAAUUGGGAGUCCAGGAGAUAGCAGAUGAAAACAUGGAGAAAAGUAAUGCAGAUCUUUUGGGUUUGGAGACGGAGCAAGUUGUAGAGCUGAGAAGAAGAGUGGAGGAGUUGGAGGAGCAGCUGGCCGUCAUGGCGGAGGUGAUGAAAGAAGAGCUUGAUGGGAAAAUGAGUUCUGUUCAGACGCAACAUGAGAAGGAGAUGGAAAAGCUGAAGACAACGUGUGAGUGCGGCUUUGCCUCCAUGGAGGAGUCUCACCUGAAGGUCGUGGAGGAGCUGCAGCGUCGACACCAACAGGAAGUGGAGCGCCUCCUGGUGGAGAGAGACAGACUGCUGGAGGAGGAGAGCGCUGCUACGGCAAUCGCAAUCGUAGCCAUCAAGAACGCUCACCUGCUGGAGCUGGAGAGGGAGGUGCAGAAGAGAUGUCAGUCAGAGAGCAGCACAGGAAAUGCACAGCUGGACGACGUAUACAGAAAGCACAGCGAGGAGCUGGCUUCGUACCAACGGGAGCUCGAGGUUUUGUCCCAGCAGUUCUCUCUGAAGUAUCUGGAGAACGGACAUCUGGUCCAGGCUCUGGAUGCUGAGAGGAAGGCCUUGUGUCAGUGCCAGCAGGAAAACCAAGACCUGAGGACAAGAAACCAGGAGUUGAGCGGUCACCUUGCAGCAGAGAUCACCAGACUUUGUUCUCUGGCGAAGCAGGACGCCCUGCCGUUCAGUCAGGGGAUGGACGUGUACGAAAUGGAGAUUACCCUGCGAGUGAAGGAGUCUGAGGUUCAGUGUCUGAAGCAGGAGAUCACAUCUCUGAGGGACGACCUGCAGUCAGCACAGAGGGAGAAGAGGAACGCGACAAAGAAGUACAAGGACAUGUACACCGAGCUGAGCAUCACGAGGGCCAAAACAGAGAGAGAGAUGGACGAGCUGAGAGAGAACCUGAGGCUGGCUCAUCACGCUCUGGACCAGACUUCACCCUGAAAGUGUCUGUUUUUACAAUAGCAACAUUACAUUUGUCUUCACUGUAACGUGUAGUAUUCUUCCAGCUUUACCGACACAAAAUUGUAUUUAAAACGUAUUAUUUAAUAAAUCUAGGAACUCUUUUACACAAUCUCCCUUCACACUCCUUUGUGUUUUUAAAGAUGUUUAUAUUGUCUGUCUAUUGUGUCUCAAUUGUUAACCUUUUGACACUUUAUUAUUUACUGUGAUUCCUACUGCAAUGGUCCUGUGAAACUGCAAGUUAUUUUUUAUAUUUCCCAAAUAUUAUCAUAAAAAAGCAACUAUGUUGUGCGUUAUGUAUAUAUUUUAUCUGUACUGCCAUUUCGUAAGUGUAAUACUUUAACCUGAUGUGUGUAUGUUGUUCUCACUUUGAUAUCCUCUGCUGUACGUGUCGUCGUUAAACUGGUAUUAAACUAAGUAUUGUUUUUUAAUCAAAUCAUUUAAAUUAAGUACAUUUUUAAACAUUUCUUGCAGGUAACUUUGCUGGCAGAUAUACUCUGUCAUACACAAACUGUAAUUUAUAUUUGUUCACUGCAGUAUUAAAGGUUUUAUUAAUUAAAUGAAAUUGGCAGAUUAAA